GAUAUGAUUUCGACGCUCUAUAAAAGCUGGCUAGCCGCAAUACUAGAAACAGUUGCAUCACUUGACGUCCGACAGUGACUGUGAAAUCUAGCUUUUGAAGCGUUUCUUCCAGCAUUUUGAGACUAAGGAAGGAGUGCGGGAAUCUUUCUAUCGACAGAGACUAGAGCCGCGCUCAAACUAUGUCUUCGUACUGGAAAGUUGUGCCAACUUUUCGUCUAGCCCGGCAGCUCUGCCGAGAUAUGUACGGGCCAAAGGGGGUGCAUCGGUUCUUCCGUGAUCAGUACAUGGAUGGAGUGUUCCGCGCCUGGCCCUGGGCCGUCCAUUCCGAGCUACACAGGUCCCUCGGCCGGGACUUCAAUGAGAUGUACAAGAAACACUGGGAAGAGUUCGCGAAGGACUUGAAUGACACCUUCGGAGUGAGGAUCCGAUGUGACCAAGACGCAACCAAGGCCGAUCGCCCCGACCACACGGCCGCGGACGUUAGCGACCAGGAGAGCCCAUCAGCGAAGGCCGAAGCCCCAGCAGAAUCCCGAACGGACCACGGCUUCCAAGUUGCGCUCGACCUUAGCGGCUUCACUCCUCAAGAGAUCUCGGUGAAGAUCGUCGGCAACAACACACUGCGAGUGGAGGCCAGGCACGAAGAGCGGACUGACGGCAGCCACGUCAUGAGGAACUACACGCAGGAGUUUGCCUUGCCUGCAGACGUUGACCUGGACGCUCUCAAGUCCAGCCUGGAUGCCGAAGGGGUUUUGAACCUCACGGCGCCCGGAAGAGGCCUGCCAGAGAGGGCCGUACCCAUCGAAUUCAAAUCACCUGAGACGGCUGCAGACGAGGACAUGAAAACAUCGCAUGGCGAAGAAGCAGAUACGAGUGGAGCAGAAAAGCCAGAAGACAAGAAAUGACUGAACCAAGGACAGUAAAGUUCAAGUGAUGUUGUGGCUGAAGUCUUCUGACUGAGAUAUACAGUUCAUUGGAUAAGACUUUAUCAAAAUGUAGGAAACCCAUUUGAUUCCAUUUUGCAGUCAGUUAUGGUCACAGAGCCAUUGCUUUCGACAAGCUCUGCAAAAAAGCUGACAGACUGGGUGAGAUUGUAAUUGCAUUUAAGGAUUGUAACACUAACCUUUCGGACAAGACAAGAAAAAUAUUGUCAUAAUUGUUCCUCAAAGUAGUUUGUUCAAUGGUGUGUGUAAUUGUUUAAGACUUUCAUUUUUACGUUUUUAGAAAGUUAUAAAUAUAUAACAUCCGUUCAUUUUGAGUGCCCUCUGAUGCCAACUGCAUGUUUGACAUACAGGCCUAAUAUUGAUUUCGUUAUAAUCCACCUUGGAUUGAAUUUUAUUAUAUUGUAUAAUAUUAAGUAUCAUCUGGAUAGGAAAUCACAACCUUUCGAAGGUUGCACUAAAACUGGUCCUUGUAUCCUUGUAACUAUUCAAAAUAAGAUUUCGUGAAGUUUUGAGAUGAUACGCGCUUCUGGAGGAGGGAGAUUGGAAGUUAACAUAAAAGAAAUGUGGGGUACACACUACAGCGAUAUUGUGAUCAAUGGGUGUUGAAAUCGUGCAUUUGAGGUAUCAUACAGAGCAGACAUUAUAAAUUAAAAUGUGAUUUUUGGUUACAGGUGUUUACAGAUGUAUGCUUGCAAAACAUAAGCAUGAUAUGUUAAACGGAUCACGGACUAUAUUUUAUUAAAUUGUAGUGAAACCCCUUGAUAUGAGACCAUUGGGUGUCAAUUUAAUCUGAUUAAAAUGUAUUGUUUUACUAGUUUAACCGAUAUUUUGGACUUCUCUGGUUGUUACGCUAAUGCACGUAUGCAUAUUCUUGAGCAAAACUAUGAUGUCAUCCUAGGCACUGAACCUCAAUGUUGUUCUGAUUUGUGCACAAAGAAUUUCUAAAUUUCUUUUAAACACCACUGUUUAAGUAUAUGGCUAUGAGCCAGUUAGCAACCUUUACUCAGAAAUGUUUUCAUACAGCAAAUCAUUGGAGUUCACAAUUUGAACAUGCACACUGAGCACAGUGUAAAAGCGCCCUCGCUUGUCCGGAAAUGCUUCGUCAA